AUGCGAGACAAGAUUGUUUUCAUUGGAUUCAGGUUGUUCACUGACAGCUGACUCAAAUGAUUGGUUCUGGACAGCGAAUAAAGUGGUGAUCAUUCUAUCUUAAGUCUAGAGCAUCUCGAUGGUGACAUGGCAUGUUGAACCUGGCCAUUGAAAUGGAAUGCUACAUGCUGUUCUUGAUCUUCACCUGUCCAUUCCGUUGCCGCAUACAGCUAUAGCUUGGAGAAGGGGUAUCUGACUUUCCUACAAUGUCAAGUUCAAGACCACAAGGUAGUGCCGAUGUCCUACGCUCUGUCCCCCACACACGAAUAGAAGAUGAGUCGAUGAUAGAAGAGACCUACCGAUUUGGUCGGAAGUUAGGUCAGGGAAGUUUUGGUGUUGUGCGAGAGGGCACAUGUGUCAGCUCUGGUCAGGCAUGGGCAAUCAAGAUCAUCAACAAAGAAAGCAAAGAUAGCAAGGAUCGGAGCUCUGCAUUCAAGUUAUUAGAACGGGAGGUUGCCAUAUUAAAACGAGUAAAACACGAGCAUAUCAUACAUUUAGAAGAGGUUUAUGAAACUUCUAAAAAAAUAUACCUUGUGAUGGAAUUAUGUGACGGCGGGGAGCUAGCUGAUGCUUUACGAGAACGAGAGCUAUUCACAGAGAAUGAGACAAAGACAAUUAUGAGAAAACUUGCCAGUGCAAUUUCAUAUUUACAUAAAAACGAUAUAGUCCACAGGGAUCUUAAGUUAGAGAAUAUCCUACUUAGUCAGAAUCCAAAUGAUCCUCAUGACAAACUUCACAUAAAGGUAACGGAUUUUGGUUUAUCUGUGGUGAAAGAUGGAGUAGGUCAUGAGAAUAUGAUGCAAGCAUUUUGUGGAACCCCAAUUUAUAUGUCUCCAGAAAUCAUAGAUAACAAAACGUAUAGUCAGCAAUGUGAUGUGUGGGCAAUGGGUGUAAUAACAUACUUAUUAUUAUGUGGUAAUCCGCCAUUCCGAUCACGAGAAGAGGAGAAGUUGUAUGAAAUGAUAAAGAAGGGAGACGUGGACUUCAGUGCCCCUGUGUUUGAUAAAAUAACGGAAGAAGCUAAGAACCUGAUUUGUGGUAUGUUGAAAGUGGACCCAGCUCACAGGUUGACUGCUAGAGAAGUUUUGGAACACUCAUGGUUCACGGGUAAGGAGCUCACCGCAGGUCCGACCAACGUCCUGGAGAUGAUGAAGCAGUGGAAAGAUCUUGAUCUUGAUACAGACAGUUCAGAAUCAUGUGCAAUAAACGGUGAACAGGGUGCUGUAGCAGACAAAUCCAAGGAGAAGGACGUACCAACUAGAAAGGUGUCAAGUAGUCCAGAGAAGAAGAAGACCUCAUUGAAUGGGAUGCGGCGGGCAUCAACAGGGAUGUAUCCUUCCCUUGUUAGCCGGAGACCCAUAAAUAAUAUAACUAAAUUUAACAGCUUGAGUAAUAAACCGUUGUUGCCUGUUGACAACAAGAAACCGUCAUCAAGCCGAAGUACUGUGCCAGGCAAGAACUCCAAGAGCAGAUCACCAAGCAGCACAUCAAUCAUUUCACAGUCAACACGCAAAAGUUCCCCCAGCACAUCAACGCGACCUCUAGGCACAACCGCUACACCAACUAGCAAACCUUCCACAGCCAAUUCAAAAUCGAAGAAAAAGUGAUUACACAGAAAUGAAGUGGCUGUCUCACCAAAGGAAUCAUAGACUAUUUCCCUAGUUGUGGCUCAGGUUGUUGACCAUCACUUUAUGUCCUUCUUUUUCUUUUCUUAGACUUCUACAUACAUCAUUGGUUGUAUAGGUGUUGCCUUGGCCACCUUGUGUGUCAUGCUGUUGACCAUGUAAGUGUUGCCUUGGCCACCUUAUGGGUUAUGAUGUUGGUCAUGUAAGUGUUGCCUUGGCCACCUUGUGGGUUAUGAUGUUGGCCAUGUAAGUGUUGCCUUGGCCACCUUGUGGGUGAUGAUGUUGGUCAUGUAAGUGUUGCCUUGGCCACCUUAUGGGUUAUGAUGUUUGUCAUGUAAGUGUUGCCUUGGCCACCUUAUGUGUCAUGAUGUUGGUCAUGUAAGUGUUGCCUUGGCCACCUUAUGUGUCAUGAUGUUGGUCAUGUAAGUGUUGCCUUUGCCACCUUGUGGGUUAUGAUGUUGGUCAUGUAAGUGCUGCCUUGGCCACCUUAUGUGUCAUGAUGUUGGUCAUAAAAGUGUGGCCACCUGUUCCUUGUUAAGUGCCCUUACUUGAGUGACAGGAAGAAUUCACUUUUAUAAAAUCUUGUCCACAUGCAUGGUAGGGCUUGGAUAUUCUCUUAAUACUAGAUGUUAAAAGAAACAUUUGUCACUUUUGAUUUCUAAUAACUUCUAAACAACUGCUUU